AUGGCGCGCGCGCGCACCAUCCUGAUAACCGGAUGCUCGUCCGGGAUCGGCCUGGACGCCGCGCGGACGCUCCACGCGUCCGGGGAGUGGCGCGUGUUCGCGUGCUGCCGAAAGGAGGAGGACGUCGACGCGAUGCGAGCGCGGCACGGCAUCGAGAGCUUCUUGAUCGACUACUCCAAGCCGGAGACGAUCGAACGCGGUUUCGAGGACGUCAUGCGAGAGACCGGCGGGACGUUAGACGCGCUGUUCAACAACGGCGCGCACGGCAGCGGCGGCGCCGCGGAGGACAUCCCCACGGACGCGCUGCGAGCCAUCUUCGAGGUGAAUUUUUUCGGAUGGCACGACCUCACGCGACGCGCGGUGAAGGCGAUGCGCGCGCAGGGCGGCCGCGGACGCAUCGUGCAGUGCUCGAGCAUCCUCGGGAACGUCGUCAUGCCGAUGCGGAUGGCGUACAGCGCGACGAAGUUCGCGCUCGAGGCGCACUGCGACGCGCUGCGUCUGGAGCUGUCGCACGACACGGACAUUAAAGUCAUCUCGCUCAACGUCGGGCCGAUUCGCACGAAGAUUCGCGAGAACUCGCGCGCGCACUUCGAGCGGUGGAUCGCCCCGCUCGUCGAGGUUUCCGCGUUUCGGUCCUUCUACGAGAAGAAGUUCGUGCCGCGGCUGUACGGUCCGUACAAGAAGGACAUGGGCGAGCUCGAGCCGUCGGCGGUGACGGCCAAGUUGACGCUCGCGCUCGACGCGCGACGACCGGCGCCGCGGUACUCCGUCACGUGGCCGACGCACGCGUUCAUGUUCCUGAAGCGGAUUCUUCCGGGUUGGGCGUUCGAUCAGGUCACGCUGCGAGCGAUGGGGCUGUGGCCCGCGGCGAAGAAGCUGCACCCGUGA